AUGUCACGCCCUCAUCAGUCUGCAAAGUUUGUCAAGGCUCAGCAACGGCGUCAGCGAUACUCAGCCAUCGACGCUGAGAGUGAUAUACCGGAAUCCUGGGCUAAUCUGGACGAAAUUACCGCCGGUCAACCGGUAGAGAAUCUACACGAAUCGCCUGUGCACCACCCCGCAAGCUUAGAACAAGCACGAAACCAGGAGCGGGAGUAUUUGGAGCAGCAAGAAUGUGAAUCUGGGCGACUCGGCGGGGCGCUCUCUUCGGGAGAGUCGUCGACGGCAAAGGGACCCACGAGAUGGGCAACACAACUAUACGUACACUCCUAUCUUGUCUUUUUCUCCUUAUUAGGAACACUUGCAAGGAAAGGACUGGAAUCUUUGACAACCUAUCCCGUCACACCCAUCGCCUUUGACACCAUAUGGGCCAAUUUUGCUGGCUGCCUGAUUAUGGGCAUCCUCAUGGAAGAUCGCAAGAUUUUCCUCCAUGAAUGGGGUUCUCCGAUUUAUAAUCAACAGAUUCUUAUGGAGGAAAGGCGACUGAAAGACGAAGAGAGCGGAACAAGCUCGGAACAAGAGCCAAUUGACCUUGCCGCCGCAAAAAAGACCUUCACGUCCACGAAAAAGUCCAUCCCUCUCUUCAUCGGCCUAACUACUGGCUUUUGUGGCUCAUUUACCACGUUUUCGGAUUUCAUCAUGGAUUCCUUUCUCGCGCUUUCAAACGGCCUACAACCUCCAUCAACCACUCUUGCUACGGACCGAAACGGCGGCUAUGAUUUCAUGGCAUUGCUUGCGGUUGCUAUUGCUACAGUGUCUCUCUCUCUGGCGGGAUUUACAGUUGGUGCACAUUUGGCUAUAGCACUGGAGGGUACUAUGCCGUCACUCCCUUAUGCCUUCAUGCGGAAGUUCCUUGACCGUUUUGUGGUAUUCCUUGGCUGGGGGUCAUGGGUUGGGGCGAUUUUGCUGUGUGUAUUCCCCCCUCAUGACCUUUGGCGUGGCCGCAUGCUAUUUUCUCUUGUUUUCGCUCCCUUGGGAGUAUUCACCAGGUUCUACCUCGCUCUAUUUCUCAAUGGAAGAAGCGCAUCCUUUCCUGUUGGGACGUUCGUUGCUAACAUCCUGGCAUCAAUGGUUAUCGCUUUGGCCUGGGAUAUCAACCACGCUGCUGUAGGUGGCAUCAUAGGAUGCCAAGUGCUCCAAGGUAUCCAGGGUGGAUUCUGUGGGUGCCUCAGCACUGUUUCUACGUGGGUAGUAGAGCUAUCCUCCCUAGGUCGGAAGCAUGCGUAUUUAUACGGGUUCGCCAGUGUACUCGUUUCUUUCGCUCUAGUUGUCAUUAUUGCGGGAAGCGAAAAAUGGAGCCAAGGAGUUCAGGACCCUCUCUGUUCAGCAUGA